GGGCGGGGCCGCCAAGGUGUGUCCGGCGGCUGAGUCACGGCCAGGGGCGACAGACAGCGCCGCUCAGAGCAAAGUACCUGCUCUCUUUAGGAGAAAAAAAGUCUGUGAAUAACACACGACUUCUUUCUCUUCACUUAUCACCCAUCUCUCACCUGUCGCAAGCUGCUUUAACAGCUUUUAUUUUGCGCAAAAGUGCGCGCUACUUCCUGCCUGACCAGUCCGCAAAGAUGGCGAAUACUUUAAUUCUCUCUGUCUGCUUCAUGCUGAUGCUGUCCCGCGCGCUCUCCUGUUCUCUCCCGAGCUCCUUGACCGUCCGAGUGCCGCAAAUGAUCCCGAAACACUAUGACAUCGCCCCGAAAUUUAACCCUCAACACUGUCGCAUAUUUGGCUUUUCUUUGAAUGAUCCAAGUUUCAACGUGAACCGACGCACCGGAGUAAUUGAAGCAGUGUCCGAUGUUUCAGUGGGACACGGAGGACGAAACAUGAGCCUGUGGGUUUUCUACAAAAAGGCACCUGGAGUUUUACUCAGUAGCAAUAUUGAAGUUGUGCUUGUCCCUAAAGAAGUGUACAAAAGAGAUGCACCAUCUGAAGGUUUACUGAGGCGCUCCAAAAGACGAUGGAGUCCUCCACCUUUUAACAUAUUGGAGAAUCAGCCUGGGCCUUAUAACAUCGAAAAGAUUGCCUCAGAUUCAGAAGCUAAAUUUGAUGUGUACUACACAAUCAGUGGUCCUGGUUACAACAGGCCUCCCGUGGGAGUGUUCAGACUCAACCCUGAAGACGGGAUGUUGACUGCACUCAAACCAGUUGACCGUGAGGAGUUUCCAGUCUUUACCUUAACUGCCAGAGUUUUUAGAAAAGGCACCAAUGAAGAGACAGACCUUCCUUUAGACAUUCAAGUGUUUGUAGAUGACGUGAAUGACAACAGCCCAACAUUCACAGACCCGUUGAAGUUUCAAGUGCUGGAGCAGAGUAAAGCAGGGACGGAUUUCGGGAAGGUAAAUGCGACUGACAGAGAUGAAGCAGGCUCACUUCACGUCAAAAUCCGAUAUUCUCUCUUGUCCGGAUUAGACCUAUUUUCUAUUCACCCAGAGACGGGUGUCCUCUCCACGAAAAUCAGCACCCUGGACCGAGAGGUAAAAGAUAAAUACUUGGUGACAGUCCAGAUAAAAGACAUGGAUGGUGCAGACAAUGGACUGUCCAACACGGCCACAGCUACCAUUAUGGUGACGGACAUUAACGACAACCCACCAGAGUUCACCAAGACGUCUUAUGACGUUAGCGUUAAUGAAAACGAAAACGAGAAGCUUCUCCUCCGGAUCCCAGUUACGGACAAGGACUUAAUAAACUCACCAAACUGGAUUUCUAAGUUCUUCAUCACUAAAGGAAAUGAAAAUGCUAAUUUUAGGAUCGAUACAGAAGGAAACGAUGGGCUUCUGUACAUUUCAAAGCCUUUAGAUUAUGAGAAGACCAAAAUACAACAACUGGAGAUUGAGGCUCGUAAUGUGGCUGAGCUGAGUGGCACCCAGGCCACUUGGGCAUCCAUCCCUGUGCACGUAGCCGUCACUGAUGUCGAUGAGGGCCCAGAAUUCACUGCUCCCACUGUCUUCUUCACAGUCAAAGAGAAUGAACCUAAUGGCACAACGAUAGGCCGUUACACCGCCGUCGAUCCCGAGACCAAGAGCAGCGACGGCAUCAAGUAUUACAAACACAUAGACCGGGCCUCUUGGAUCAGCGUGGACAAGAAUUCAGGAGAGUUGAAGGUUGCAAACACAAUUGAUAGAGAGUCACCUUUUGUCCAAGGGGGAGUUUACAACAUCACUGUGAAGGCUGUGGAUGCUUCCUCUAAGACGGGCACAGGAACGGUCGUCAUUCAGGUGGAGGACGUCAAUGACAACGUCCCAGUGAUCCCUACCAGGGAUCUGUUGUUGUGCGAGAAGCAGGGCGAGCAGGGCUCCGUGAUGGUGGUGGCUGAAGACAAAGACCAAUCUCCCUUUUCUGCUCCCUUCAUCUUUGCAUUGCCACCAGGCCACGAUGAAAAGUGGACUGUGAAAAAACAUAACGACACGGCAGCAGCACUGCAACAGGUCAAAGAACUCCAUACAGGGGUACAUGAAGUUACCCUGCUUGUUACAGACCUGCAGGGCAUGGGCAAAGAACAGACGGUGAAAGUGAGAGUGUGCCAUUGCAGGAAUGACGUCUGCCUCGCCAAAGAUCUUUCGGUGUCACUGGGGCCAAUGGGUAUACUGGCUCUGCUGCUCCCUCUGCUACUCCUCCUGCUGCUCUUCUUAUUACUUGCCUUUGUGUGUGGGAUGAAGAGAGACAAGGCGCAACUUGAGGACUUUGCAGACAGCGGCGGAAUCCUGCUCAAAUCAAACACAGAGGCCCCGGGGGAAGAAGUGGAUUCAAACCUCAUCAUUGUUCCAACUACUGCACUUGACGUACCAGGAACAAAGGGUAGCGUUAGCGCUAAGGGUGCUGGACUGGAUGCAGAUCAGCUGGGACUCAAGAGCAGAGACCUGGCACGCCACGGCACACAGAGCGGGACGUAUCGUUUCAGUGACAUGCAGAACGAAUGGUCCGGGCAGUAUGACAGUAGCCUCUAUGCUACUGGACAGUAUAACGUUAGGCAUUUUGGUGCUACCGGUAUGGCUGCUGACAACAGGAACCUCCUCCAAGACCAAAGUUUUCAUCACACCUGGCAAACAAAUGGCCGUUAUUUACACCAGAAGUUGGUCUACCUGGGGACGGAGGAGGACGGCCGCUACGCAGACGACGUCCUCCAUUCCUACGGCUUUGAGGGUGUCGGCUCUGUCGCUGGCUCUGUGGGCUGCUGCAGCGACUUCGGCAACAAUGACAAUCUGGAAUUUUUAAACACCCUCGGGCCAAAGUUCAAGACCUUGGCAGAGGUUUGCAAGAAGACAUGAACGAUGAGCGUCAAUGUGAUUGAAAUGGAAUCUGAAUGCUUGGCACGCCCCUGAACCUGAAUGAGAAAAGGAAUAUGCAGGCGUUGCCUGAGCAUGCAGACUGCUGUUUGUGCGAUAGUUGUUCCUCCCCUUGGCUGUAUUCUGGUUAAAAAUCUUUUGCACUGAAUACUUUUACAGUAAGAUGUACAUAUGUUUUGGUGUUUUGCGGAUUAGUAGCGGUUAUUUGCGCUAUAACAGAUUUAGUGUAUCAUUUGGGUGUCUUGAGUUGCUACCUACUGAUGCAAUUUUGCAUUUGUGCAACUGCUUUUAAUUUCUACCAUGCUUUUUAAAACUGGAUUUUUCUUUUUGAAAAAUAAAAAUGAACAAAAACAUGA